AUGUUCAAGGCGCUCAAGAAGAAGAUCCAGCAUGGAAAGCACCAUGCGGGCAAGGCCGGAAGCGACAAGGCGCUCGAUGACGGCCGGCACCGCUCCAUCUUCGGCAACUGCGGCCCCCGGCUCUCAGGAGCGGCGGCCCUGGGGCCCGAGAUUCAGCUGAUACCCAAGCAGCAGACGCUGCAACGCGGCCCGACGCGUGUGAAGCCCGAGGUCUGCGAGGAGCUGCUGACAGCAGCGGCCAUCUACGAGCGGCUGCGCCAGGAGGACCAGGCGAACGGGCGCCUGAUCGACGCGUACUACGUCUACGACCGCGAGGCGUAUAAGGCUGCGCCGGCCGGCCAGGACGGCCGCGAUCCGGCCUUCGACGUCUUCGCCAGCGCAUGCGUGACGCCAACCUCUGGGCGCUACGUGAUCUUUCAGCUGGCUGCAUUUUUUAUUGAGCAGCUCAAUAGCCAGCUGGGCACGGGAAGCAACAGCACGGAUAUGAUACGUGCGGCGAUGGAGAUUUUUAAGCCGAACCUAUCACACUACUCAUUCUCCGAGACCCAGCAGAUACGCCAGCUGCUCGCGUCGUUUUUCCCUCGUGCGGGCUGCACGCUGGCUGGCACUGCUCUGCGCGAGGCCAUCGAGCGCGAAUUCCGCAACAACUGGAACCGCCUGAUACUGGCCCUUCGAAUCCUGUGGGCGGAGCUCCCCGAGAGCAUUGUUCCGUGGGAUUGUUUCAUCACAUUCAAGCGUCUGGAAGAGCGCGACGGAUACCCGACGUCGGCAUUCUUCAUGCUUCUGAAGCAGGUGCUGCCCAGCCACGACUACAUGUGCACGACUUACGCUUUUCUGGAAAUCCUGGUGACGAUCGUUGGGCGUACGGACCUGUUGGUGGAGAAGACGACGCAGAUGGACUUAAUAUUCACCGCGGGCCAGGUGUGUUUCCCCUCUUGCAAGGCGGUAGAAGAGUACAAGGAUGCCAACGAUGAAGGCAACGACGACGAACUUAUUCUGAACAAGAUCUACCGUAACCGGGGAAGCGCGCUGUACCACCUUUUCGUGGCGUACCUGCGGUCUCUCGCAGACAAGGGCAAAAUCAAGGAUUUCUAUCUGCUUGAUAACUUCGAUGUCCACGAGUACCCACCGGGACCAUACCGUCCUAUGACGCAGCGAGCUUUGACGCUGACUGUGCCACGAUUCAUACCCGAGAGCGACAUGCGCAACGACUUCAAUCAGCUCAUCAAAUUCGUGGCGAAAGCUGGGUCUCGUAUAUACUCUUCACAGCAUGCAUUCUCCAAGCUGGAGAAUUCAUUCCUCGACAAGUUCGAGGAGAACCCAUUGAAAGUGGUGGAAGGACUAUUCUCGAAAUCUUCGAAACGAUACCUGUACAAAUUUGACAAGCAUUUCAGCACCAACUACUUCAAGACUUUAAACGACAGGCAGGGCUGGAAUCGCGCACUGCAUGAGCUGGAUCCGACCAACCAGUACGCCGUGUCCACCUGGAUUGAAUCCUGCAAGCAGCAUGGGUUCAGCGAGUUUUUGUCGAUGCUGGAAGAUAACAUGGGCGGAGAAGGGACGCUCGCGCUGGGGCACCCGCUGUUGGCGUCGCUCACGGAGGAACUGAGCUUCAACGCGAAGGAGGAGGAGGAGGAGCUGGCUGCGGUCAGGCUGUCGAAGAUGGGCGUAUCCGAGUGGUUCAUUUCCUCCUGGAAGUACGAGAUGUUCCUGGGGAAGAUAUACAACACAUUGGUCAUUAAGCUAACUAAGAGAGUCGGCGACUGCGACUGGAUUGUGAUCAGCACGGACGACCGCGUGUCCACCUCCGCUAUGCUGCAGAACCGGCCCCUGCCCACGCCGCCCACCACCAACCCUAGCAGAUCGGAUUCGAAAGAAGAGGUGUUGCCGAAGCCUGUCAAGCCGUACUGCCCGACGGUUCACUCCACCUACAGCGACCAGUCCUCCAUUCGCAUGAGGCCUCCGCCGCUCGAUACGGCUACCGAUCCAUUCGAUUCGCCGAUGAUAAGUUCUCCAACGUCCGCACAUACACGCAGGAGGUCCGUGGUUUCCAACGGUAAAAUAAAUGAGGGCUCAGUAUCAUCCUCAAAGCAUUUGAGCGAAACGGGGGAUACUUCUUCAACAGCUGGCACUGGGAAGCUAUUCAUCACCUCGGAGUCGCCAAUUUCAUCCUCAACGCCGAUAGACAACAGACUUUACUUCAAGGACAAGCCACGCCAGCCACCGGCAAUCAGCAACAUUGUUAUUCCACAACCACUUCCAGUGUCUGACCCGGGUCGGCAGGAAGAACGUCUAUUUACGCCUACAGGCGGUGCCUUUGUGCUCCCUAGACCCCAUAUCCCUAUGAAGAUCCAGAACCCAUCCAUGAACUCGUUCCCCAAGUCGGCCGCCGAUCGCCAUAUAUCUAUGAUCAGAGAGGAGGAGGUGGAGCAGGUGUCGAGUCCUUCUUCCGUUCGCGGCCCACGCAGCGUGUCGGAGCCUCCUACAGUGCCUAGCCACCUCAUGCAGGGGGUCCCGGCUAUGGUCCCAGAGGCUGCCUCAGAGGAUGAGCUAGACAAGCCUCUGAUCCCGCCCGCGAAGCCCGUGGAUUUCCGCUGUCGGGAGCUGCAGCUCAUAGCCAAGAUGGCUCCGGACCUCUGCAAGCCGCUUCCGAUGCCAAAGGAACCUAGCUCGCUGAUGUCACCCGUUUCUGACGCUUCGGACAAGGAGGAGCCCGCAUUCCCAGAGCCCAUGCAGGCUGCAGUCAAUACGCUGCUCAGUGAGAACGGCGACCUGCGCAAGCCCGGGAAUCGGGCCACGGUCAUUGUAUACCCCAAGUACGACUCUGUACCCGAUGAGGAAGAAGACGAGGACGACGAGUUCUCAGAGGACGACUCUGCGGUGGACCCCGCAGAGCAGCUGCCCGUCGGUGUCACAGAGAAACCACCGCAGGAGACCAGCGCCGUGGCCCCCCAUGACGGGCAGUCCACCUCCGAGUGGGCGAGCGACGACGCGCCCUCGGACGGGCUUGACUUCAGCAUGCCCCCCAACCAGGGCUUCGCGAAGCCGUCCCCGGCCGCCAACGGCAUGAAGACGCUCAGCCUGCCGCCCGAAGCGCCCGCCUCCACCAACGACUUCCUUGAGGACUUCAUCGACGGCUACAACGAGCACUCCAUGCUCCCCCCUGCAUCCCACAACCCGCCGGAAGCGCCCGCUGACGAGACGCUCUUCGAGCGUGUAAAGCGCUACUACGAGGACUCGCCGUUCGAGAGGGUCCCGACGAUCCGGAGCGCCACCGCGCCGGUCGCCGAGGACUCCGGCGUCGACAGGCACGUCGCGCUCGAGCGCUCGCCCACGACGCCCAAGCCGCUCACCCCGGGCCCGCUCGAGCGUCCCGCGGUCAAGCGCCUCUCCUGGAGCCAGGAGUCCUCCGUCAGGAGCGCCGAGCGCGGCGCCCUGCGCCGCCGUCAGGCCAGCUGGACCUACAGCAUGGCCUCCACCGUCCCUCCCGACGAGGACAACGGCUUUUUCGACUCCGACGCCAGCGAAAGCCCCGACGACGACGGGCUGCACAUCUCCCGGUUCAAGAACGCGCUGCUGAAGACGAAGCGCAGCAUAAACAGGCUCAACAGCAACCACAAGGCAUGA